CGGCAGAGCCGCCUCGCGCUCUUUUCUCCUUCUUCCAUCAUCCCGCUUUCAGGCAGAGAAGGAGCAGCAUCCCCUCCUCCUCCACCUCUUCCCCGGGCUGCGUCUCUGUACCGGGCUGCACCAUCCUUAUCAAUAACAUGGAAAUACAAAGCGGUUUUUCUUCCAUCUAGACGGGGAGUCUCACCUCACAGAGUCAAGACGGGGGCCACAAUGAGUGAAGAGCCGCCGGUUACCCCCAGCUGGCUGACCCCUGACCCCACAGCAUGGGCCAGCGGAGGCGGGGGACCGAUGGACAACAGCACCAGCCUGGGGACGUUUCCGGACUCCCUCCCGCCCAGCCAGCUGCCCCUGCUGGUCAACCCCUGGGACAUUGUGCUGUGUUCAUCGGGUACUCUGAUAGCCUGCGAGAACGCCCUCGUGGUUCUGGUGAUCUGGCAGAACCCGGCACUCAGAGCUCCUAUGUUCCUGCUGAUCGGCAGCCUGGCGCUGGCCGACCUCCUUGCCGGUCUGGGUCUGGUGCUUCACUUCACCUGUGCCUACCUGCUUCACUCCGACUCGGCCCAGUUACUGACCGUGGGCCUGGUGGUGGCCUCCUUCUCGGCCUCUGUCUUCAGCUUGCUGGCCAUCACUAUCGACCGCUACCUGUCGCUGUACUACGCCCUCACCUACAACUCUGAGCGGACGGCGGCCUUCACCUACACCAUGCUCGUGCUGCUGUGGGGCCUCUCGCUGUGUCUCGGCCUGCUGCCAGUGACAGGGGUCAACUGCCUGGCGGAGGAGGCAACAUGCAGUGUGGUGCGGCCGCUCACGAAGAACAACAUUGCAGUGCUGUCUGUCUCUUUCCUGCUGCUCUUCGGCCUCAUGCUGCAACUCUACGUCCAGAUCUGCAAGAUCGUGAUGCGCCACGCUCACCAGAUCGCCCUCCAGCACCACUUCUUAGCUGCCACACCCCACUACGUCACAACCCGGAAGGGCGUGUCAACACUGGCCAUCAUCCUGGGCACCUUUGCCGCCUGCUGGAUGCCAUUCACUGUCUACUCCCUCAUCGCUGACUACACCUACCCGCCGCUAUACACCUACGCCACGCUGGUGCCUGCCACCUACAACUCCGUCAUCAACCCGGUCAUCUACGCCUUCAGGAACCAGGAGAUCCAGAAGGCGCUGUGGCUGGUGUGCUGUGGCUGCGUGCCUGCCAGCGUGGCCCAGCGUGCACGGACCCCUAGUGACGUGUGACAGAGCAGACCCAGGUGGGAAGAGAGAGGCGCCCUGAGUCAGCUCUGCUCCGCACCGGAUGAGUGUGGUGUCAAAGAGAGCAGCAGCAGGGGAGGUCAGGGGAAGUGGCAGAGGGCUGUGGCCUCAGCUCUGGCUGUUACUGGCAGAGGCAGUUUUGUUAGUUAUCCACAGCCCACCUGGAUGGAUGGCGUUUUUUUCUUUGUUACACUCACCAUAGGGCAAAGUGUCUCACUGUCUUCCCCAGCAAAGGCGGCCACUGCAUCCCGCCCCCUCCCGUUCAAUCCGUGCCACGCCCUUCCUCUGCUCUGCAGAGCGCGCUGAGCGCAUCACAUGUUACAGGCAGCAGCUGUAUAUUCAAUGUGCAUAUAGCUAACAGCACUGGAGCUUUGGUUGACACGUGCUUGUUUUUUCUUCAAACAGGGAGGGAUUUACGCGUGCGUAAAAACGCACGGCAGAUUAACUGAGCAGUAGAGUGUGCAGUGAGGAGAGAGCGGCUGCAGCUGAACACGCAGGCAUUUCCACAUAAAGCCCGUCUGGAGCAGCAUCCCGGCGCUCUGCUGCUGCACUCUGAACGUGCGUCGAAAGCUAAACAGCCGCGGAGAGCUAAAAAUAGACCCGGCGCUCUCUGAUCCGCGCCCUGCGUCCUCCACAGAAAGAAACCAAGCCGUUUCUUUUUUCUCCUCGCCUCUCGAUUAUUUUAAUCUGUCUUCUUCUCUUUCUGGAUUGUGCGUGAAUGUGUUUUAGUUCAUCUCGUGUCUGGGAGGCUCAAGACGAAGCCCCAGGAGACCCCACCAUUAACCCCUCCUCCAUUUUUUAUUACUAACGGAGGCAUCAAACCGAAUAUCGGAUUAUGUAACCACCUUGCAGUAUAUCCCUCCUCUUUCACCUUUUAAAUGGAGUUUGCUUAUGACUUUUUGAA